AUGCAGUGCCCGCGAUGUCUGCCCCAGGCUGGGACCAGCUGGAGCAGGAUCCAGGGACCCAAGCUGGGAGGCCGAGAGAUUAUGCGCAUGCUGCUGUCCCCCAGCUCUGUACCAGGUGCCAGGAGCAGCUUCAUCCUUGGGAGGAUGCUUCACCCAGCGGGCAGGCUGUGCUCCAAAACGUCCCCUCUCAGGAGCUUUGCUCGCUACCAAGGAGGAUUCCGGGAGAGUGCGUCUCAGCCGAGCUCCACCCGGCCUGGCCAGAUGGCCCUGAGGAAUGUGGCCUCUUCCGACGCCAUCCAGAAGCACCGGAAGAGCCUGUCUGACUGGUUCAGCCACCAGCCCAAUGAGGAGAGGCAGUUCGGCCCGUCCUUCUCACUGGACACCAUCCACGUGGACCCAGUCAUCAGGGAAAGCUCCCUGGAGGAGAUCUUGAAACCCUCGCCUGACCUGACCAUCCUGAACCAGCUCCAGUCCCCUUGCAGCCGGACCAUUGGCCUCCAGAACCUGUUCGACGUGGACGCCUGCGGGCAGCAGGUGAAGAACGUGGUGCUGUAUGGUACGGUGGGCACAGGGAAGAGCACCCUCAUCAAAAAGAUGGUGGUGGACUGGUGCCACGGGCGCCUGCCCCGCUUCGAGUUGGUCAUCCCCUUCUCCUGCGAGGACCUGUCCCAGAGCAACGUGCCCGUCUCGCUACGGCGCCUCAUCACCAAAAAGUACCUGCACCUCAAGGAGGUGGUGCCACUUCUGGGCUCCGCCAACCUCAAGGUGCUCGUCAUCCUCAAUGGCAUGGAGCAGCUCAACUUGGACUUUCGGCUGUCUGGCACCGAGCUGUGCUGCGACCCCAAUGAGGCCGUGCCUCCCUCCGCCAUUGUGGUCAACCUGCUGAGGAAGUACCUGCUGCCGGAGGCCAGCAUCAUCGUCACCACACGCCCGUCCGCCGUGCGCCGGAUCCCCAGCAAGUACGUGGGCCGCUACGCCGAGAUCUGCGGCUUCUCCAACACCAACCUCCAGAAGCAGUACUUCCAGAUGCGCCUGAGCCAGCCAGGCUGCGACGGCAGCGGGAGCAGCAGCAACUCGGACGAGCGGGACAACCUGGUGGAGAUGCUCUCGAGGAAUCUGGAGCGCCACAACCAGAUUGCGGCUGCUUGCUUCCUGCCCUCUUACUGCUGGCUGGUCUGCACCACCCUGCACUUCCUCUACUUCACCAAGUCGGUGCCUCCCAGCCAGACCCUGACGGGCAUCUACACCAGCUUCCUGCGGCUCAACUUCAGCGGGGAGAUCCUGGACAGCACCGACUCCACCAACGUCUCCAUGAUGAAAUAUGUGGCCAAGACGGUGGGCAAGCUGGCCCACGAGGGGGUGAUGUCCCGCCGCACCUGCUUCUCGGAUGAAGACCUGCAGAAGUGCUUCGAGGUGGAGAUGAAGACGGAGGGUGAGCUUAACCUCCUCAAUGUCUUCCGCACUGACGUCUUCCGCUUCUUCCUCACGCCCUGCGUCCAGCCGGGCAAGGAGCACACCUUCGUCUUCACCAUCCCCGCCAUGCAGGAGUACCUGGCAGCCCUCUAUGUGGUGCUGGGCGAGAAGAAGACCCUGGCGCAGCGGGUGGGGAAGGAGGUGUCCGAGGUCAUCGGCAAGAUAAGCGAGGAUGUGACUCUGGUGCUGAGCAUAGUCUCCAAAGUCCUGCCCCUGCGCAUCCUGCCGCUGCUCUUCGGCCUACUCAAGAUGUUCCCCCGCUUUUUCAACCGGCUCAGUGGCAAGGACCGUGACACCAUCGCCCACACCAUGGCGGUGGAGAUGUUCAAGGAGGAGGACUACUUCAACGACGAUGUGCUAGACCAGAUCAACUCCAGCAUCUUGGGGGUGGAGGGCCCCCUGCAUCAUCCUGAUGAGGCCCCGGAUGACGAAGUCUUUGAGCUCUUCCCCAUCUUCAUGGGCGGGCUCCUGUCGCGCCGCAACCGGGCCCUCCUGGAGCAGCUUGGCUGCUCCAUCAAGAACCUGGCAGCCUUUGAGAUUGCCAACGCUAUGAAGAAGACCAUGAUCAGGAACAGCCGCAAGUGGCUGCCCCCAUCCGAGCUGAUGGACUACCUCGUCUUCCUGCAUGAAUUCCAGAAUGAGCGCUUCACGGCUGAGGCCAUCCGCUCCCUCAGGGCGAUCAACCUCUCCUCCAUCAAGAUGACCCCACUCAAGUGCUCCAUCCUGGCAUCUGUCAUGGGCACCACCAGCCAUGAGGUGGAGGAGCUUAACCUGAGCUCAUGCCAUCUUGAUGUCAGCAGCCUGAGGACUCUUUUCCCUGUCCUGCUACGGUGCCAGAAGCUCCAUUUGCAGCUCAACAGCUUGGGCCCUGAAGCCUGCAGGGAGAUCCGGGACCUGCUGCUGCACGACAAGUGUGUGGUGAGCACCCUGCGGCUCUCGGACAACCCCGUGACUGAGCAGGGGGCCAAGUAUUUGGCUGAGGCCAUCGCAGGUAACCGCUCCCUGACACACCUGUCCCUGCUGCACACCUCCUUGGGGAACCAGGGCGUGGAAGUGAUCACUCAGCACCUGGCCCAGAACCAGCACCUGAAGGAGCUCGACGUGGGCUACAAUUCGGUGACGGACGAGGCAGCCUUGGGGCUGGUGGAGGUGGCUAAGAGGCAUGCAACACUGAAGGAAGUGCACCUGUAUUUCAAUGACAUCAGUGAGGAGGGCAAGCGAGCCCUGCACGCACUGCGCAGGGACCGCGACGGCGUCCAGGUGCUGGUUUUCCUCACGGUGGGCACCGACGUCUCCGACUACUGGGCCUUCAUCCUGAGCGUGGUGCAGAAGAACCUGCCCAACUGGGACCGCGAGCGGGUCCAGCAGCACCUCAGCCUGCUGCUGCAGGACCUGGAGUGCAGCCGCCGGCAGACUGGCAACCCCUGGAAGAAGGCCAAGUUCCUGCGGGUGGAGAACGAGGUCAAGAAGAUGCUGGUUAAAAUCCAGCAGGGAACCCUCUAA